GCUCCUGCAACGAAAAGGUCACCGUAAGUCAGCAUGCUUUACGCCUUUGGAUCUAAUGGGCGGGGGCAGUUAUCUCUCGGCCACUUUGAGGACGCCUACACGCCCACCCCCUGUCUAACCCCUUCGUUAUUUCCAUCCGUUCCACCAUGUGAAAUCGCAGCUGGCGGGAAUCAUACUCUUCUUCUCUUCUCAUCUGGCGAAUGCUUUGUUGCGGGUGAUAAUACUGGGAACCAAUGCUGCCUUCCUUCAGCUACCUUUCCUUCGCUAACUACCUUCUAUCCUCUCAGCGGUGACCAUCGAUGGGAGCACCUUUCGGCAGGUUGGAGCUUCACAGUUCUGGCUGACUAUGAAGGGAAAAUAUUUGUUUCUGGGAACGGCCAGAGAGGGGAAUUAGGACUUGGCGAGGAUAUUCAUGAUGCAUUAUUGGAGGAAAUUACCGACUUUUCGCCUGGAAAAGUGAUUCAGGUAGCGUCUGGCAUGACACAUACGCUCCUAUUAACAGCAUCCGGGGAUGUAUGGGGCUGGGGCACCGGACGGAAAGGACAACUUGGGGAACCUAUCCAAUCAGUAGUGCCCAGGCCCAGGAGGGUAGAAGUUGGAUUCCCUGUCAGCAAGUUAGAUUGCGGGAAGGACUUUAGCAUUCUGUUGAGCAGAGACGAUCUUCAGCACAUCGCAGUUCUAGGGAACGAUAGGUACCGAAUCGGGCCUUCGCUUGAAUCACGAUCCGGAGCCGGAAUACUCGACGUUCAAGCUUCGUGGAAUGGUGUCUACCUACUCGAAACCUCUGGUACUAUAAAAGCAUGGGGGAAGAACGACAGAGGCCAACUCCCACCCACGGACCUCGACGGGGUAGCGGACAUAGCCGUGGGCAGUGAACACGCUCUCGCUAUCGUAGAGGGCAAAACCACCAAAGAAAGAAAGAUAAUAACCUGGGGCUGGGGAGAACAUGGCAAUUGUGGGAAGCCUGGGGGUGGUGAUGUUAUUGGCGAGGUUUUUGCCCCAGAUAUCCCGGCUCCCAAGAUUGUACGGAUCGGAGCAGGAUGCGCGACUAGCUUUGUUUGGGCGGAGGAAUAGCUUUCGGGUUUGGUUUAUUAUACUAUACUACCGGUAUGAUAUCGAGGUUCAGGACUUUGAUGCAAUUAUUGCAAGUAUCAUAGCUUAUAUUUUUCAAUAACCUUGUUUCUUUUUUGCAAUAUCCAAACUAUGGCGUAAAUUUGUUUUAUCACGAGUCUAUCAGUCAAUCAAUUGAUGGAUACAUUAGACU